AUGCAUGCCGUGUGCGCCCAAUUGUGCCGGCUCGCAUUGCUGCGGUUCGAUGGCCUCGCCUGGGUCUGGGUCCUGGUGCAUUACGACAUCACUGCUGCACAUCCCACCAGAUGUAGGCUUGUCAUGGAGGCAGGGCCGUCGCCGCACUUUGGAACACACGCACUGCAAUCUUGGGGUGUGACCGCUGCCGUUGACAACGGGGGUGCGGACCGCAGCCUCUGGUGCAGAAGCUGGCCCGCUGGAAGAGUGCGGGGGCAUUAUGUGACGGACAGCACUGCGGCUCAGUUGGGUUGUUUGCUACCAAGCCGAGCUGGCGGCUGGUGGCUUAGCUACUAUAACGCAACACGGCAGGGCUGA